CGGGCAGAUUGGUGUACCGUUGUGGCUGUUGAAGCGGGCUGAUUUUAACGACACACUGUCGCCCCAGUUUUACGCAGAUCUAAAAUACCACAAACCUAAUUUUAACGCAGGAUCCUGCUGAAUCAGAUAAUUAUGAUUCUAAAAUUUAUAUCCGCGAUUGUAACUAGAGUUUUUUUCAUAAUUCUAUCGCUCAUCGGAAUAUGGCGAGUGACAAAAGUUAAAAAUGAUGACCAUUUUUGGUGGCUGAUACUUCUCAAUGCGCCUCUCGUUGUGGAAAUGAUUAUACUUUUGAAAAUAAGAAAGGGGAAAGACUUCAGGAGGUUCUCGCCGGCUAUCCUGCUGUUCCUCAUCACCAUUGUACCGUCCAUCUGGAUACUGGAACUGCAUCAUCAGCAAAACAGAAAUAACGAACCCCAGUGCAUGAAAUUUCACUCAUGGGAGGAUGUCAAGAAUAUGAUUAAUUCCAACGGAAGCCACCACAACCAGAGUGGCGGCAGAGUGGUGUCUUCUGUGUGUCCCGAUGACUGGAUUCUGGGGCUGCACCAAGCCCUGCUCAUCCUGCUGAUCCUGGGGAAGUGGGUGCUGCCACUAGGGGGCGGCAUCACCAGGGACGAGCUCUCCCAGCUUCUGCUCAUCUUCGUCGGCACGGCAGCGGACAUCCUGGAGUUCAGCACCGAGACGCUCUCGGACGUCAAGGAGAACAGCCCUGAGCUGGUGUACAUCAUCCUCGCAGUCUGGUCAUGGAGCAUGCUGCAGUUCCCUCAUCACCUGGCAGUGGUGAGACAAGAUGAGGACGCUGGGGACGCCAGCGACUCGCUGCUCUCCUGUUGCAGCCCGGAUAUGUGGGUCAUCAUGGAGAGCCUCUUCAUCCAGGACGGGCCCUUCCUCAUGGUGCGGCUCCUGGUCCUCAUCCACUACCAGCUCUUCCACCUGAUGCUCCUCUUCUUCACCUUCAAGAACUUCCUGGUGGUCAUACUGAAUUUGUACCGGCUGAGUGUUAUAUGCUACGAUAACAGGAAGGGAUCCAAAAAUGAUAGUUAUUAGCUUGGUCCCACACUCUCCAUCGCAAAUUAAAUUUGAAACCCGUACCACAGAUCAGACUUUCAAAUGAAAGUAACUUAUUAAGGCUCCUCCCUGUUUCCCUCACAGUAUAGACCUGAUACCUACUUUCAUGAACAAGGUUGACCAAUUAAAAAUAAAAAAGGUGAAAUCAUCUAAAUGAUUUCUGCAUGAUAAAUAAUUCUAAGUGAUAAUGAUGUUUCUUGAGUCCUUGUAGAUGCAACAAUUUGCAAAAGUUUUGAGUAGAAAAAAAAAGAUUGUUAGUUGAAUCAACUCAUUUUUAAUGAUUCUUUAGGUUGGUAUGUCAAUGAAUAUCAACAUGAAUAUUUAAGUGGAUUCAAGAUAAAAGACAAAUCAUCCGAAAAUGUGCUGUAAAUCGACAAUUCCUGGGGAUAGCCACACUGAAAAAAUGAACUUAUACCAGGGACACUCAAAUCUGCUCCCCAAGGUCAGUAGUACUACUGGUUUUUUCUCUUCUGUGUGAUAUUGCAUUAUAGGCAUUUAGCAGACGCUCUUAUCCAGAGUGACGUGCACAACCUUUUGCACAGCAUUUACAUUGCAUCCAUUUGUACAGCUGGAUGUAUACUGAAGCAAUGCAGGUUAAGUAGUGCCUAGCUCAAGGGUACAACGGCAGUGUCCUACUCGAGAACCAAACCCAGUAUAAUGGGUAAGGCCAGUUCCUCCUCCCUGGGGGGCAUGUUUGACUAACCCCAGCUUACACACACAUUUAUCCAAGCUUUUGGGAUCUGCUUCGGUGGUUUUUUUUUUUUUUUUUUUGUUGUGAUACUGUGUUAACCACCCAAACCUCAUACUUGCCUAAUCGUCCAAGUACUUGAAAGAGUUUGAAUAACACUGUAUACGUACGUGUGUAACUGAAGUGGAAGUUUUAUUUCCCUGGAGUGGUGUCACACGCUGUACAUUCAGCUGCUGCACGAGCAGUGUGUUGAGUCGUGACGCACAUAUUUUGCCAGAUGGGGGCGCUCUAUACUGCUUAGUAGUGAAUGUUUUUAUAUGUGAAAUCCUGCACUGCUGACCGCAAAGAGGAUUGUUUCUAUGUAAGUGUCGAAUGGGCGUAAGAUUCUUAUUUUUUCUAUGGGCUGAUGCAACGCUGUAACAGUUGCUAUUGCCGUUGCCACUGCAGUAAUACUGUAAUGGGUGUUAAAAUGUCAUUUAAUACCCUGUGGAUCUAACAGCUUUGCUAAAAUCUCUAACAUCUCUGCUGUUGUGCUUUACCGCUUUGUAAGUUUACAUACUGAAUAUAUUCUGCUCAAGUAAAUCACUAAGUAAGCAACUGUUAGCAUUUUUAGGGUGAUAAACAUUUUUCUGUGCUGUGCUGUUAAUAUGACAGUUUGUUGCUUUACAAUAAAACUAUGGAAAUGUCUAA